GGUGUUGAGGACUCCUUUUUUUUAAGGCUCCCUGAAGACUAAAUGAAAUCUCCGGUGUUAGUGUUUUGCUUACAAACCUAGUUUUGAUCAUAGCAACUGCGCCUAGGAGUUGAUAAGCUGCAAUCAAUAUGAGCAAAAUCCAAACCAGCAUAGAAAAUGAGAUAGCGGUUGAAAAAGACUGGAUGCAACUGGAACUCAAAUCACGACAUCAAGAUCUUUUUUGGCAGUCUUGGAUGAAACCUUCACUGAGUGGGACCUUCUGAUAGUCACGCAUUGAAAACCUUUGUUUCACUGUGCUACUGUAUAAAAUAUCCAUGGUCUUGGGUGAGUUGGAGCCUAUCCAUGCAAAAAGGUUUACCUUGGACUUAUAUCUGGUCUGGCCAGUCUCUGGACAUACAAGCAUUUGUUUUCUUAACAUGCAUAACUAUAUGGACAAUUUAUGGAACUUUGAAGCUGAUCACACUUGGGACUGACAAGUAUUACUGUUACGACGAAGAAGAAAAAACAAGACUUUGUGAGUCGAGACAGAACACAAGAUUGAGUUUUUCGGGAGUCAAGUCCGUGACCAGAGCUUCAAAAUGUGGUUUUGAACCAAGAUCGUUCUUAAAUGUACAACACUAGCACUUUUACAAUCAAACAGUCAUCCUUCCGAGUGAACCACCUCGCUUACCCAUGCUGAUUUUUGUUUAGCAGCCAAUUACAAAGAUUUAAGAAGACUUCUUAAGGACUCCCAUUUGAAUUCCAACGAGACAGUAUUUAGUCUCUUUGACCAAGCAGUAACUCUCCUACAACCAUUUGGUCUUGGCCUUAAACGGAUAAAAGACUCAAACCGUCCAAUCGACAUGGAACAGGAGAUGCCGGAGGAGAAAGAUUGGAGGCAGUUGGAACCAAACUAUGGCGUUAAAAUCCUGCUGACCAUCUUGUAUAGUCUCAUUCUGGUAACUGGUAUCGUGGGCAACUCCGCCACCAUCCGGGCCACGCAGGUCCUCAGGCGUAACGGCUACCUUCAGCGUAAUGUGACGGACCACAUGGUGAGCCUGGCAUGUUCGGACCUUCUGGUUUUGCUGGUGGGGAUGCCUGUGGAACUCUACAGUGCCAUCUGGUUUCCAUUCACCUCAGCGUCCGGGGGCGACGCAGCCUGCAAGGUUUACAACUUCAUCUUCGAGGCGUGCAGCUAUGCCACAAUUCUUAACGUAGCCACACUCAGCUUCGAGCGCUAUGUGGCCAUAUGCCACCCUUUCCGAUUCAGAAGUUUAAGCGGCCGGCGCACAUCAGGAUUGGUUGCCUUGGCCUGGCUAGUUUCAGUUCUGGUGGCACUGCCACUACUGGUAGCUACUGGGACGCAGGGCCACAUACCCGUCUUGGCGGACGAGCCGGUCCAGAAUCUAACCUUUUGCACGAAUCUGAGGGAGCGCUGGCUGAUGUAUCGAGUCAGCAUCUUUUUGGCCUUCUUGGUCUACCUGCUGGUUUUGGCUGGCGUGGCUUUCAUGUGUCGGGCCAUGAUCCUGGUCCUAAGGAAGUCUGGGGGAUCUUCAGGGAGAGCCGGCGAAAGAAAUCACAAAACAGUCAAGCACGAAAGUACAAAGAUGAAGAUGGCCAGGAAGCAGACAAUCAUUUUCUUAGGCCUCAUCGUGGGCUCCUUGUUCGUGUGUUGGUUCCCCAAUCAGAUCCGCCGUCUCAUGAUGGCCGGCGCACCCAAGUCCCGCUGGACCACGGCGUAUUUCCGCAGCUACGUCACCCUCCACCCGGUGGCCGACACCUUCUUUUACCUCAGCUCGGCCCUUAACCCCUUCCUGUACAACGUGUCUUCCCGCCAGUUCCGCCAGGUUUUCAUCCAAGUGCUGCGCUGUCGCCUUGCCGUCCAGCACGUCAACAAGCGAACCGUGCCGAGUUCCCGCGAUCAAUCUGCUCGUUCUCUGCAGCCCCUGCUGUUCAAAUCCCUGCGGCGAAGUAAGGGUGUCGAUUUCGGCGUGGCCGAAGAGGCAAAAUCCCAAAAGCAAAGUGACGCAGAAGUUAAUGCAGGACCUACAAAGGAAGCGUUAGACCCGACAACUCAGACGGAUGUACAAUCAGGAAUGGAGCCAUAAUAUGGCAAAAGUCUGCAGUAAUUGCUUUAUUCACGCAAACUAUUAAGCGGUAGUGUCACGUUGACUGUCCAAUACAGUUUACAGGUCACCAAUGAUUCCCAACCAUUGGCGUGUUCUGAGAAAUUUGUUUUGUACAAAAAAAACAAUUAACAACAAAUCAUCUAAUUAUGCAAGGGAUGUAUAGUGACAUGCAGAACAAUUAAAUGCUCUUCCACUAGAUGGCAGAUGGGUCAAUCAUUCUGCCUGUUGCAAUUCACAAUUUAUGUUCAAUUUAGAGGCCCACAUUGAGAGACAGCGAGAACCAAAAGUGGUAUUUGCCACGUGGCAAAAAUGUUUUGCCAUGUGGCAUUUUUUUUGCCAUGUUGCAAAAAAAUUUUUCCAUGUGGAAUUUUUUUUUUUUUUUUGCCAUGUGGCAAAAUUUUUUGCCAUGUGGCAUUUUUGUUGUUGUUGCCAUGUGGCAUUUUUUUUUGUUGCCAUGUGGCAAAAUGGAUUUUGCCAUGUGCCAUUUUUUUUUUGUUGCCAUGUGGCAAUUUUUUUUGCCAUGUGGCAAAAUGGAUUUUGCCAUGUGGCAUUUUUUUUUCGCCAUGUGGCAUUUUUUG